AUGCCGCGGCCCGGGACGCGGGGCGCGCUCCCCGCCGCCGGCCUGCGCCCCGCCCGGCCGCCGCGCCGCCUCCUCGCGGCCCCGCCCGGCCGCCCAGGCCCGGCCCGCGGCCCCGGCGCGCCGCCCCCGGCUCCCGCUCGGGUCCCGGCUGCUGCCCCGCGGCCCGCGCCCGCCCAUCCGCCCCCGGCCGCCGGGGCCGCGGCGCGAGGGGAGCAGGCGGGAGGGCCGCGCUCGCCCGUCGGGCCGCCCCCCGCGCGUCCGUGCGUCCGGCCGCCGCGCCUGCCCCGCCCCGCGCCGCCGCCGCCGCCGCCGCCGCCGCCCCCUCGGGCCGCGCGCAGUCGCGGGGCGGGGCUGCGACGCACGGGCGACCGCGGGGGCGGGGCUGCGCAGGCGCGGGCGGGCGUGACGUCAUCGGGCGGGGCGCUGGCGCACCGGCUCGGCCCCUCCCCCGGGGCGCGCGCGCACUCACCGGCCCGACUCUCGGCGCGGGCCUCGCGGAGACGAGCAGGUGGAGGGGCUCGGCCAGCCCCGCGCCCCGCCCCGCCCCUCCUGGGGAGCCACCGCGAUGCCGCGACUUCGCCCUGCCCGGGGUCUCGGUCCUGCGGCGCCUCCCGAGGAGUCCUACACCCCAUGGGCGCGCAGAGCCCGGAAGCGCCCGGGGCACCGGGGCGGCCUGCGGGGCCCGACGGGAAGCCCAGGAUGCUCUGCGUCCCGGCUGGGGUCGGGGUCCUUGGCCCCUCCCGCCCCCACGCCAGCUCCGAGUUCGCGCGUCCUCUGCCGGGUCCCACGGCGGCUGCGAGGGCUGCCUGUGUGAGCGCGUCAGGGCGGCCGCUCGAGGUGCCAGGCAGGGGUCAGCGUCCGCAGUCCUCCAACAGGUGACAGCCCUGUGUCCCACUCUGAGGACCUCAUCCUCCCUGCACAUCUCAGCGUCUGUCCAGAAGACCUCAACUCAUACAGCACCCCCCCGUGCUUGUUCCCGCCAACAUGUGUCUCUCCCCACGUGCAAAUAUGAGGCUCUGAAAGUCCACCCCCAGGAGUAAGCAACGCAUAACUGGCUCCAGUGUCACUGCCCCCAGGGGACUUGCUCCUAGGAGAACCAGACCCAAACCUUCCUCUCAAAGGCAUGGGGUGACAAUGGGGGUACUUUGGAGGAAGGCGUCUGAGGGUUCCCAUGGCCCAGUUCCAGCCCCCGGAGAGACAGAGGAGCAGCUGCAGAGGCAAAUCUGGGACCAGGAUCUGAAAACCAGAUGUGGUCUUUAUUGUGACAGUGGCAGUUCUCCAGGAGCAGAGGUGGGGUGCUGGGACUGGCAGAACCAUCUUCACCCCUCCCCUGUCCUCGGCCUGAAGCAGAAGCCAGUGUGGCCCCAGCCUCAGACUCCAGCCCAGGGACAGGCUGCAGGGACAUGGUCAGGGUCAAAAGUCACUUGGAAUCUGGUGACUGUCAGGGCAGCUCACUGGAAACAGGGCUGAUAAGGGGGGUUGAAAGCAGAAGAAGGGGCAACACGAGGCCCAAAGCAGCACAGAGGGGCAUCUGCCCUGGGCCUGGAGAAGGCCAAGUCCUCAGACCAUGUGCAGAGCAGGUGGCGGCCCAGCUGGGGCUUGGGGUCACCCACAUCUCAAGGCACCCUUGCGAGCUCAGGCUGCAGCAGGGGCUGAAGAAGCUUAGGGUGCCGAGCCCGGGGCUGACCCCCAGGUCCUCUGAGGCUGCGGGCUCCACUGAGCCCCCUCCAGGAGCGCCUUCCUGCCCCAACUCUGCAGAGGCAGCCUCCCAGCCCCCAGGGAGCAGAGGCAGGGAGGGACGGGGGGCUUGGUGAACAUGGGCAGAGUCUUGACAGUGACAAGGGAGUUGGGGAGGGGGUGCAGCAGGGCCACCAGUGAGCACAGGGACAGCAAGGCUGGAGGCAGGGAUGGUAGCCUCAUGCCGGCCGAGAGUCCCAGGGAGCCCACGCCUGCUUCAGAGGAUUAGUGGGCUACUGGAAAAGGGAUCUGGAGGGACCCACACUGCACCAGUCCAGGCCAAGUACCAGGAAAGCGGGACCAGCCGCUGGAGGGGUCCAGGUGGCGCAGAGCACCUGACGGUCAGUGGGACGUCCUCCGGGGUGGACAGAGAGGAGUCGGCAGAGCUUCUGGCCCAGCCAGGAGCCCAGAAUCGUUUUAUUUGCAGUAUUCCUUCCUGAACUCUGCAGGUCAAAGGAACAGGCUGGGAUCUGCUCCCUAUACCUUCCUCUCAGUGGGUUCCUCAGGGCAGAUACCCCACAGGACUUCCCAGGGACUGGAGCACAGAGGAGACGGGACUCCUGACUGCGGGGUGCAAUGACUUCAGGGGACCCUGAGAAUGGGAGGCCUAGGGCUCCACCUGGGCUUGGAUACGGAACGGGGCAGGGGAGGCAGGGAGGGGGCCCCCUACCAACCACUCACCUUUGUCCAAAUCAAUAUUCUUGGCAGGCAGGGGGCCGUGGGCCAGCUCAGCUCUCUCCUUCAGAAUGUUGUUUUUGUAAUCUGGUGUGGGGAGAGAGUGGGGUGAGAGGCCCCCCAGACAUGGGUGUCUCCCCCGCCAGCCCAGGAGCCCUGUAGCCCACCUCACCUAGUGGGAUCUCCUCACUCCUGUAAAAGGCCUGGUCGCCUGUGGCCACAGCAAACUCGGCCAGGUUCACAGCCUUCCUGGAGGAGGGGGCCGU